AUGGCGGCCAGCCCUUCGACCCCCGGAGCUGCCACCGCGGGCGUAUCGGCUUCGGCCUCGCACCUCGGCGCGGAUCCAAGCAUCGUCCGCCGCCUCUCGCAGGUGCGCAACAUCAUCCUCGUCCUCUCGGGCAAAGGGGGCGUCGGCAAGUCUUCAGUCUCGGCCCAGCUCGCCCUCUCUCUCUCCUCGACGCCCAUCACCGACGACGAUGGUCCCACCACCGGACCCUCGUCGUCCUCCUCACCCUCCUCCUCAUCUCCCACUCCCUCCUCAACGCCGCGCACGCCGAGGGUGGGCAUCCUCGACAUCGACCUGACGGGUCCCUCGAUACCGCGCAUGCUCGGCCUCGAUGGCCAGACGGUCAAGCAGUCGUCCGACGGCUGGGUCCCCGUCUACACCGACGCGUCCCAGUCGCUCGCCGUCAUGUCGGUCGGCUUCCUCCUCCGCUCCAAGAACGACUCGGUCGUCUGGCGCGGCCCCAAAAAGAAUGCCAUGAUCAAGCAGUUUCUCGGCGACGUGCGGUGGGGCCCGCUCGACUACCUCGUCAUCGACACGCCCCCGGGCACCUCCGACGAGCACAUCUCGAUCCUCGAGUACCUCCGCACCUUCCAGCCCUCCGCCGUCAUGGUCACCACCCCGCAGGCCGUGUCGCUCGCCGACAACCUCCGCUCCCUCGACUUUACGCGCAAGACCAACCUGCCCCUCCUCGGCCUCAUUGAAAACAUGAGCGGGUACGUCUGCCCGCACUGCGAGGAGUGCACAAACGUCUGGGGCAAAGGCGGAGGAGAGGCCCUGGCGCAGAGGGAGCGCAUCCACUUUCUCGGUCGCAUCCCCAUCGACCCGGGCCUGGUCAGGGUGCUCGACGACGCAAAGGAAGAGGCCCAGGCCAAGGUGCAGACCCAGAACGGCAGCGACGCCUCGGCCGCGGCGGAAAUCAUCAACCAGCCCCUCGACGCACAUGAGACCGCCGCGACGAGCUCGGCACCAGCAUCAGCAGCCGCAGCAGCACCAGCACCAGCAUCAGCACCGGUACCAGCGUCAGCGGCAGCGGCAGCACCAUCGGCAUCGGCAGCGGCAUCAUCGACCGGUCAACACGACGACUCGGCCACCCCAGCGGGCACCAUCCUCAGCCGCACCACGAUACAGAGGUACCGCGACAGCCAGACGUUCCCCAUCUUUCAAAAGAUCACCGACCAGAUCCGCGACCUGGCGAGGCAGCACCGCAACUCGUCGGCCGCGGGUCAGUGA